CUCGCCUAUGGACAACACACACACACACACACACACACACCUUAGUGCACUUGUCAAACAUUGUUGUCUUUACCUCGAAACUCAGAACAGACGCAGUUCAGGCUGACCGCAGUGAUAUCUGGAAGAUCAAGUUGGUAGAGAGAAUGGCCUCGACCAUCAGCCUCCUCCCUGAGAAGCACUUUUUGUGCUCCCUGUGCAGAGACAUCUUCACCAGCCCAGUAACCAUACCAUGUGGACACAGCUUCUGCUUGUCCUGCCUCAGCCACUACUGGGCACGACACCAGUCCAAAUAUUGCCCCCACUGUAAGCGAUUGUUCGCCGAUAGGCCCGACCUCAGCGUCAACCGCAUUCUGGCAGACAUCUCCGACAACUACAGGAAGGCUCGACCACAGAAACCACCCGAUGAGGAAAUGGCUAUAGAUGUUGAGCAGCUGAUUCAGGAAAGGCUGCAGAAAAUAGAAAGGUUGAAGUAUUCUGUCGAGAUUCAAAAGAGCUCUUACCUCAGAGAGGUGCGAGAGAGCCAGAAGGUCUUCUCGGCCCUGGUGAUUGCAAUGGAGAAGAGUCACAAAGCGGUUGUUACCGCCAUUGAGGAGCGACAGCGAGACGAGGAGAAGAGAGUGGAAGCGCUGGUGAAAGAGCUGGAACAGGAGGUCCAGGAACUGAGGAAGGAAACCAUUGAAUUUGACCCUCAGAUUCCCGUGAGCGGUGAUCAGGGUCAGAGUGACGACACGAAGCAAGAUACCUCGGGGACCAUUUCCAUUAUGUCCCUCUCUGACAUGAAGGACUGGUCUAAGGUUACUAUAGAGACUGACCCUUGUGUUGGGGUCACCAGACGGGCACUGUCAGACAUGAUGGAUCAGAUAAAAGUGGAAGUAAACAGGCUCUCCAAGUCUGAGCUAAAGAGAACAGAGAAAUACACAGUGGACCUCAAUCUGAGCGCUAAGACAGCCCACCCCUUCCUCUCUGUGUCGGAUGACAGAAAACAGGUGAGGCACACAGACAAGCUUCAGGAGGUACCAGAUCACCCCAAGCGGUUCGACCGCGUGGCAAACGUGCUGGCUAAAGAAAGCUUCGGCAGUGGGAGGUGCUACUGGGAGGUGGAUGUCGGGGAGAAGAUUGAGUGGAGCCUGGGUAUCGUCAAACAGUCCACAAACAGGAAGGGCAAGUUCACUGUCUGCCCCGCAAAUGGCUUCUGGACUUUGAGUCUGAAGGCUGGAGGCCAAUGCAUUGCCAACACGUCUCCCGUCACCCCGUUGGCUCUGGAGCAGAAGCCCAAGAAGGUGGGUGUGUUUCUGGACUACGCAGAGGGCCGCGUGUCCUUCUACUGCGUGGAAUCGGGAGCCCACGUUUACACCUUUACAGACACCUUCACUGACAGGCUUCAUCCAUUCUUCAGUCCUGGUCGCCUGCAUGGCGGCAAAAAUGCUGCUCCCCUCAUCAUCUGCUCCAGUUUUUGCAGCAUCUGAGUAUCAGUGUCAGUGCUGUACUACAAUCACAGUUGCCAUUCUUGUAAUUAUCUUCUCAAUAUCUAUUGUGUAUGAUAAAUGUAUUUAUUAAUUUAUAUGAAAAUCUGCGACGAACCACAUUUCCCCUCUCAGAACAACGAACGAGAGGUUGUAUAAGGACUCACUCCCUACACUCGAAAACUUCAAUGAAUCCCAUGAAACAGAUUGAAAAGGACAGAGGAGGUUGGAAGAAAAGAGAAGGCUCUCAUAAAGGAACAAGCGAGCCAAAGUCAAAAAACAAAGUGGAGAAAAUGGGUUUCUGAGUUGGAUGGAUGUAAGGGGGGGGGGGGGGG